UAGAUUUCCAGCCCACUAAAUAAAUGGUAAACAAAGUCCGAACGUAACGACGACGUUUUUAUAGGGUCUUUCUUCACCUUCUUCUUUCAGUUCUUCAGAACACAAUCACCGUGAAGCUUGCAGCGAGAAUCAAUGGAGUUCCUUGACGACGACGACACGAGGCCUAGGUUCCUAUUCCAAUCUGGAUCACAGCCACCGCCUUCAUCCGCUGACGACCAAUCCUACAACAAACCAACCAAGACACUACUCAUUGUCACCGUCUCUGCCUCCGCCAUCCUCCUCUUCCUCUCUAUCUUCUACAUCCAAGCUGAGCCAUUCAAGUCCCUCCUCCUCUGGCUCUCCCUCUCCCUCCUCGUUGGACCUUUCGCCCCUCCUUCCCUCACCGCCGGAGAUAUCCGUGUAGGCCGGGGCUCCAUCCUCGAAUUCCCCGACCAACAAGCCCUCGCCGAAGACGAUGACAACAAGAAGAAAUAUCAGCGCCGAUCCAAAUCCCGCAGAUCCGACGAAGUCCAAUCUGUCGCCGCCGUUGUCUCUCCAGUCGUCAAAUCGCCGGAGCGGGAGGCUGAGAAGAUCCGAGCCAACGGAAACGGAAACGGAAAUGGCGUUGUGUCGGAGAAGGAGUGGAGUGAAGAGGAUGUGGAGAUUCUGAAGAAGCAGAUGACGAAGCAUCCCGUCGGGAAGCCAGGGCGGUGGGAGGCGAUAGCGGCGGCGUUUGGCGGGAGACACGGAGCGGAGAGCGUGAUAAAGAAGUCGAAGGAGUUGGCGGAGAAGAAGGUGGACGAUUCGGAGUCGUACGCGCAGUUCCUGAAGAAGAGGAAGCCUGUGGACAAGAGAGUGGUGGAAGAGGCGGCGGAGGAGGAGGAGAAGAACGGUGGUUCUGGUGCCGUUGGUGACGGCACGUGGAGUUCAGGCGAGGACAUUGCGCUGCUGAAUGCUCUGAAAGCGUUCCCGAAGGAGGCUGCGAUGAGAUGGGAGAAGGUGGCUGCUGCGGUUCCCGGGAAGUCAAAGGCCGCUUGCAUGAAAAGAGUUACUGAAUUGAAGAAAGGGUUUCGGAAUGCAAAAGCUGCUUCUGCCGAUAAGGUAGAAUAGAAUGAUUAGAUUUUUGUUAUGCGGGACUUUGAAAUUCUGUUGUUGGAGGGGUAAAUGAAUUGCUUGUAAUUUCUAUGCAGCUUUUAUCUCAUCUAUCAAAGUUUUAUUCAUAAUCUGAUGUAAACUUAGUUCACUGCAUUGAACUUUCCCAUUUUUGUAAUGGUGAGAAAUUGAGAAUAUACGUUAGGGCAUUGAUAGUCUCUUGGAUAUCAA